GUCGGCCGCGACAUGUACAUCGUCGGCUCUGGGUUCGUUGAAGUGCUGGACGCCCCAGGGUCGAGCGUCGUCAGGAAGCGCCUUCAGGUUGGCAGCGUGUUCGGAGAGAACAGCCUGCUGACGCCACACUGCAGACGCUGCGUCGAUAUCAGGUCCCCCGGAUUCACGACGCUGUUUCGCCUGGGACGGGAGCGGUUCUGGACGCUGGCGCACCUAUACCCGGACGUGGAGCGAACCAUCCAGCGGCGCACGAGGCGCCGGCUGGCCAAGUCGGCGCAGCGCCGCAGCUGGGGCAUGCAGCUCGGCUCCGACGCCGUGCCCGUGUGUCAGUUCAACGCCGCGGCGAGCGCACCGCGCUGAGUAGUAGCAGGCACUGGAGCUGAGUGGUGCGGGUGCUGGAACUGAGUGGUAGCGGAUACUGGAACUGAGCUGGUAGCAAUGGAGCUGAGUGGUAGCGGGUGCUGGAACUGAGCUGGUAGCAAUGGAGCUGAGUAGUAGCGGGUAACUGGAACUGAGCUGGUAGCAAUGGAGCUGAGUGGUGGCGGGUGCUGGAACUGAGCUGGUAGCAAUAAAGCUGAGUGGUAGCGGGUAACUGGAACUGAGCUGGUAGCAAUGGAGCUGAGUGGUAGCGGGUGCUGGAGCUGAGCUGGUAGCAAUGGAGCUGAGUGGUAGCGGGUAACUGGAACUGAGCUGGUAGCAAUGGAGCUGAGUGGUAGCGGGUGCUGGAACUGAGCUGGUAGCAAUGGAGCUGAGUGGUAGCGGGUAACUGGAACUGAGCUGGUAGCAAUGGAGCUGAGUGGUGGCGGGUGCUGGAACUG